UUUUUUUUUUUUACAAAUAAAAUUUCCUUUUAUAGCUUUUUUUUCCUGUUAGCUUAUAGUGACUUGCACCUUAAUAAAUAACAAGGUUGUACCUGUUUAUGUUUCUACCAAACCAUAAAGCUUAUAUUAAAUCCUUUUAUAAAAAGAUACUAUCAGAGGCAUCUAUCUUUUUUGAUGACAGAGCACGAUUGUAUAUAAAGAAUCGAGCACGGAGAGCAUUUAAGGAUUACAAAACAUGUGAAGACAUUAAAAGAGUAAAAUAUAAAAUACGAGAAGGCAGAAAACAUUUACAUCGAUUAGAAAAAGCAAACAGAGGUCAUACUAAAAGUGCUUUAAAUAUACUUGAAGAGGUUUAUGGUGUAAAAGGGAAAACACGACAUGGAUUGCUUUAUCCUUAUUUAAAUGCACAUCAGCCUGAUAAUUUAAAGAUCCAAUCUGAACCUUUUGUACCUCAUGCUCCUCGUACAGCACCUCCUCCUGAAUUAUGUCCACCACUAUGUGCUUUAGUCACUCGGCAUUUGGGUAAGAAGGUAGAGCCUGAAUUGCCUGUCCCUCAAUAUAAGCCGUUGCAUGUUGGCAGAAAAGCAAACCUAUUAUGGAAACAUCGAUCCAUGAUUUUAGAUAAAGUGCAUUUACCUUUACCAUUUGAGAUUUUAUGUGAACUUGAAGCGAAAGCGGGUGCCCCCGAAUCUCAUCCUAUGGCUUGCGCUACACUUAAAACGGGUGGUCCCCAGUGGGAUGACUUUUAUGCUCCUAUUCAUCCCGCCGUCAAACUGCUUGAACACUUGGAUCCUCGAGUAACAAUAAAGCCCUUUGAUAAAGAUUUAAUCGCCCUUCGAUUGAACUAUCGAUUGCCAAAAUCACCUUACAUGACGUCUAAACCAAGUCUCUUGGAGUACUUGUGCGAUGAGGAUGAACAUAGUAAGGAUUCGGUCAUUACAGAUGCAUGCUAUAGUCCUCGAGAAAAAAGAAGACUGUAUAUAAAUCUUUUGCGAUAUAUUCCUUGCAUCGAUAUGUUCCCUGCAAAUCAAUUAUGGAAAAAGGGAAUCAAUUAUAAUGUAUUUACAUCAAAUUGGGCUCCAAAGUCAGUGAAUAGAUUAUUAGAGGAUGUACCUAGUGAGGAAGUGAUUCAGACUACCUUGGAUUCUUCUUUUCCAAAAAAAAAUAAAAAUAAUAAAACGAAGAAAUAAUGUAUCAACCCUGUUUCCUUAUAUAAUCAUCUUUAUAUCCAUUAUGUAAUCAUAGGAUCACUACGACUGACCUAUUUAUAUGAUGGGCUAACCAAAUUAUACAUUGAAAAAAAACAAAAAACAAACCUACAGACUACUAUUGCUGCACAGAUCAGACAUUUAUUUUUGGUAUUAAAUAGAAUAACUAAAUAUAGCUAAAUAUCGAAUAAUAGACAAUAUAAAUACAAGGGAAUUAUAGUUAAUGACUCACAAUACAUAUAUACAAUAUACAUAUAUUAUUAUUAUUAGUAUUAUUAUUAUUAUUAUUAUUAUUAUGUUUUUUUUUCGAGCGAAAAUAUUAUUCGUGUAUCAUAAAAAGGGGUAAACAUGAAAACUAGCGAGUUUUUU